AGUUCAGCUUGUGUCAGUCAGUUUAUAAUAUAUUAUUACAUGACCGUUAUAAAAUAAAAUAAAUGCUAAUAUCGGUGAAUAAAUUAUCAAUGUGGUGAAUCUUAAAUCAAAACCAACAGAGUCCUAUGUGAACUCAAGAAUUAUCUCCAUUCAAAAUCAUUUACAUAUGCUGUGUUGCUGCAGUUCCCAUUGUGCAAGAGCACAAUAGAUAAUACUAUCAAUUUCAUAAACAAUCAAAGAACUUAGGAAAUAAUGGCUACUGCCUAUAGAAGAGAUUAUUAUAGACGUCAACCUACUAGUAAUUUUACAUAUGUGAGCCCCUGUGUGAAAUACCUCAUUUUCAUACUCAACUUUAUAUUCUGGCUAUUUGGAGGUCUGCUGAUUGGUAUCGGUCUCUACGCUUUCGUUGACAAAUGGCAGUUGACAGGCUGGGUAAGACUGGAAAAUGUCUAUGAUGUGAUACUAAAUAUAUCGUUAGUCAUGGUUAUUAUGGGAGGAGUCGUUUUUAUCGUUAGCUUCGCCGGUUGUGUGGGAGCGCUCAGAGAAAAUACAUGCUUGCUCAAAUUUUACUCACUCUGUCUAUUAAUAUUCUUCCUCUUGGAAAUGGGAAUAGCCAUCGUUGGAUUUGUCUUCCCCCAUUCUAUGCAGUCGGUCUUGGAAGAAAAUUUCACCGACAAGAUCAUUCACACCUAUCGAGAUGAUCCAGACCUACAGAAUUUCGUCGAUUUUGCUCAACAAGAGUUCCGAUGUUGUGGACUCAGCUCAGAAGGAUAUAUGGACUGGUCAAAGAAUGAGUACUUUAACUGCAGCUCACCCAGUGUCGAACAUUGUGGUGUGCCAUUUUCUUGCUGCAUAAAUGCGACUGAUCUUAGCUCAAGACUGGUUAAUAUAAUGUGUGGAUAUGGAGUGCAAACCCUGUCGGUUGCUGAAGCUGGAAAGAAGGUCUGGACUUCCGGCUGUAUAGAGAUCGUCAGAUCUUGGGCCGAAAGGAAUUUGUACACGAUCGCCGGAAUCGCUCUAGGUGUAGCCUUAUCACAAUUAUUCGUUAUCUAUCUGGCUAAAACUCUCGAAGGUCAAAUCGAUCUACAAAAAUCCAGUUAUUACAGUGUACAAUAUUUUGAAUUCGAGAGAUUCAACUAGAAAUAAGUUUCAACAUCCAAUAAUAACAUAUAUAUUGUACAGAAUCGAAGAUUUCCUUAUUGCAAAAAAAUAUGAAACUGAAUAAUCUUAACCAACCAAACCUACAAAACAGAAGAACGGAAGAAUGUCAGUUUGGCAAUUACGUCUCUCAUGGCUGUUUUACACGUAUUAAUUUCAGUUUAUGGGGUGAACAAAUAAUGUAUAUUUUGUAUAAUAAAGAAUUUAAAUAUUGACCGAUACACAUGUACAGUUUACACAUAGUCAAUGUACAGUUUGAAAUAAAAAACUAAAUGUAAAAGAUUCCAAAAACCAAAAGUUUGUCAUGGCAUUUGUAUACGGCAAUCGGACUUGUGUAAAGCCGCUUUUAAGAAGGCUAACUUCACUCAAUUCAAAUUUGUGACUUAUGACAUAAUUUUAAAUAUUUGGCUUUUGUUUUGUUUAAUAUGGUUUUAUUUAUUUAAUUUAUUUUAAAAAAUUGUUAUAUUGCUCUUAUCUAUAUUUUAAAGACUUCUAUGUAUUUUAAUAAAUGAAUACAGAAACAAUUGAAAACUUUUUUGGAGUAUAUUUACUUUAUUGCUUAAAUCCCCGGUACAAAGGCAGAACCUAUAUUGGAUACACAGUGGACCCUAAUCGUAGAUUAAAGCAGCAUAAUAAAGGAAAACAAUUCGGAGGAGCCUGGAAAACUAGUAAUAGGGGACCAUGGUCAAUGGUUAUGAUUAUACAUGGAUUUCCAAAUGACAUAUCUGCUCUAAGAUUUGAAUGGGCAUGGCAGCAUCCACAUGUAUCGAGGAGACUGAAACAUGUAGGUAAGAAGAAAAGGAAUGAAAAAACUUUUAACUUCUGCUUACGAGUUCUUUCUGAGAUGUUGAAAAUUGGGCCUUGGUGUAGAUUACCUCUCACAAUUAGAUGGCUUAAUUCUACAUUUGCCACAGACUUUGCUGUACCACCACUUCAUAUGCCAAUUUGUCAUGGAUUAGUAAUUAGUAAGAAGAUCGAAAAAAGUUCAACCACACAAAAUAGCUCCAAUUCAUCUUAUAAAAUCUGUGAUAUUUGUUCUUUGACCAUAACAGGGCAAAUUUUGAAAUGUAUUAACUACAGUUGUGAUCUCAAUAGUCACGUAACUUGCUUAUCAAAGAAAUUUUUGAAGCUGGGUGAAUAUGUUCCAGUUGAAGGAAAGUGUCCAAAAUGUGAGAAGAUAUUUUUGUGGGGUGAUUUAGUGAGAAAGUUUAAGGGAUGUUAUAAUAAUAUGGAUCUGGAAGUUACAGUAGAAGACGCUGCAGAAUUUUAUAUGUCUGAUUCAGACUGAUUCUAUAUUUUUAUUGUCCCUAUGUAUAAGUGUAUAUUUUAUAUUUUUUCACGUGAAGUUUGUCAUGGAGAUAAUUUAAAGAAUUAUUUUACUGUUUUGAACAUUUAUUGUGAUGUGAUUUUAGUAUAAAAAUAAAGAAAACUUAAUUUUAAA